UGUUCCAGAUUAAGAAAUGGACACCCAUGCCCAGUGCCCGGGGUGCACCAUUACCCUCCAGGAGCCGUAUAUCCGCUGUGCUGAAUGCCCAGUUCAAACCUGUCUCCACUGCUUUGCCAGAGGCCUGGAAGUGGACAGGCACAAAAGUGACCAUAACUACAUUGUGAUAAAGCAUGAUUUCUCUCUGUUUGACAAGGCCUGGACAGCUGCUGAGGAAAUGAGACUGCUGGAAGCUGUAGCUGACUGUGGAGUGGGAAACUGGACUGACAUAUCCCACCAAAUGCAGACCAAAAGUAAACAAGACUGUGAGCACCAUUACUAUAGAUACUAUAUCAGUGAUGCCAAAUAUCCACUGCCAGAAUUGGAGGACCCUAUGAUAAGCAUGCACCCUGCACCAGUUACAUAUAAAAUGUGUGAAGACCCUCCUCGGCCUGCUGUUGCCUCUCUGUCGUACACCGAGAUGGCUGGGUACCUGGCUGCCAGGGGCGAUUUUACAACCGAGUACAACAACUAUGCUGAGACAGACCUGAGAGAACUGGAGUUCACAGAGACAGAUGGGGAAUUAGACAAGGAAUUGAAGAUUUCAGUCCUUGAUAUUUAUUGGCAUUGCUUGAAAGAAAGACAGAGAAGAAAAAGGUUAGUGCAUAUGCAAUUUUUUACAACAAGACAGGUAAUAGUCAGAAACUAUGGCCUUAUCAAUCUUCAAAAGCUUCAAGCUCAGAGCAGAAGAUUUGAUGCAACCAUUCGCAGUUGGGUAGAAGGGCUCAGGAGUAUGUUAAAAGUGUGUUCACCAUAUGAAUGGGACAAAUACCUGGAAGGACUCCAUUAUGAACUUGAGUUACGUCAGGAGAUCAAGAGACUUCAGGAAUACAGGCAUGCAGGCAUCACGCGGCUCAGAUCAGCAAGGCUGUACAGAAACCUCAAAACAUCUCAGGAUCAGACUAAAGAGAGGAGAAAUGCACUCACUAAUGUUUUGAGCAAUUUAAAAGAUGAGUCGGCUACUCAGCAGUGGUUGCAGAGGCAGGCUGCUUUGGGAGGGGCUCCUGUCACUUUACCUAAUGCAUCACGGAAAAGUGCCCCACCACUGGAUAUCAUUGGUAUGCCAGGAUAUGACAAGCUUUUGCCAAGAGAAAAAGAGAUGUGUGCAUCAGUACGUUUAGUACCUCAAGCAUUCCUGGAUUUUAAGACUCUACUGGUUAAUGAAUGCAGAAAACAUGGCUGCCUCAAAUUAGCCCAGGCGAGGCAAAUGAUAAAGAUCGAUGUAAAUAAAACAAGGAAAAUUUAUGACUUUCUGGUGGCUGAGGGCCUACUGAACAAAGAGCCCUUACCUGCUGCUGGGGAUGGCUAAAUAUUGUAUAACAUACAGCAUUUUGAUAUG